AUGAUCGCAAGAAAGAUGGAUGUUCUGGUUUACUCAGGCAAUGGAAGUACAAUUGAGUCCGUUCGCCACUGCCUUUACACAUUACGACGUUUGCUUUCGCCAAGUUACGCCGUGAUUCCUGUAAGUGAUACCGUCAUUCUCAAGGAGCCUUGGACUGCUUCUUGUGCCCUUCUUGUAUUCCCAGGAGGAGCCGAUCAAGGAUACUGUCGUUCUCUUAACGGAGAAGGCAAUAGACGUAUCUCACAGUACGUGCGAAGAGGUGGCGCUUAUCUUGGAUUUUGUGCCGGUGGCUACUAUGGCACCUCCAAAUGUGAGUUUGAGGUUGGUAAUAGACAGCUAGAAGUCGUUGGACCACGAGAGUUACAGUUUUACCCGGGUACCUGCCGAGGAUGUGCUUUCAAGGGAUUUGUGUAUCAUGGUGAAGCAGGGGCAAGAGCUGCAGAGAUCAAGGUCGAGGACGCAUUUCAAAGUGAAAAUGCCCCUCAAAGGUUUAAAUCAUAUUACAAUGGCGGAGGAGUUUUCGUAGAUGCAGGAAUAUUCAAGGAUGAAGGAGUUGAAACGCUUGCUACUUAUGUAGAUUCUCUUGAUGUCGACGGUGGACAAGAUCAUGCAGCGGUCGUCUAUUGCAAAGUUGGUGAAGGUGGAGCAAUUUUGACGGGGCCUCAUCCAGAAUUUGCUGCCGUGAAUCUGGAUCCCACAAUAAGUAUACCUGGGUACUCGGAUAUUGUAAAGGACCUGGCUGAGGAUGACGACUCACGAGUAAAAUUCUUGAAGGCAUGUCUAUCGAAGUUGGGGUUAGCGGUGAGCGAAGAAACUUCCACCGUGCCAUCUCUUUCUCGACUUCAUCUGUCAUCCAUUGAUCCGCAUUUUGUUCCAGAGUUACUGGCUUCAUGGGAAGAGAUAAUCGAUAAGGAGAAUGGUGAAGAGAUUAUCAAGGGCGAAAAUGACACUUUUCAUCUGGAAAAGACAGAGACCGACUGGUCUGUUGAAUCUUUGGUCAAAGCGCUUCCACCAUCAGACGCUUCUGCGGACGAAAAGCACGCCGUCAAGUCAACUCUACCAGAUGACGGAAUUAUUGAUUAUAAUGCAAUUCCUAAACGAGUCAUUCCACAUGAGACAAAUUGGCCGGGCACCAAAGAAACACCAUAUUUCAAUCACCAUGCAUUCUACUCCAACUUAAGACACUAUCAACAGGAAAGUUCGAGCGAAGCUGAAGAAUUUGGAAAUACUCUCUUGUAUGGAGAGGUUGUUACCAGCACCAACACAAUGUUGGAAAAGAAUUCGAAGCUUCUAUCCAAACUCCCUACUGGGUUUACCUUUACAGCUACAACUCAAGUUGCCGGACGUGGCCGUGGUUCCAACGUCUGGGUUUCCCCUAUGGGAUGCUUGAUCUGGUCUGUUUGUAUGAAACAUCCCAUGGAACUUGGGAACACAGCACCGGUUGUCUUUAUACAGUAUUUGGCAGCAAUAGCCAUUGUUGAAGCUAUACAUUCAUAUGACAAGGGUUAUGAUACCGUACCGAUUAAGCUCAAAUGGCCAAACGAUAUUUAUGUCCAAGAUCCAUCCAAACCGGGGAAAAAAGAAUACGUCAAAGUUGGCGGUAUACUUGUCAAUUCCUCAUACUCAUCCGGAAACUACAAUUUAGUCGUAGGCAUCGGCCUCAAUACCACAAACGCCGCGCCAACAACAUCUCUCAAUGCUCUCUUACCACCACAUCUUGCACCUUUCUCACUCGAGAAGCUUCUCGCUCGUUUCCUUACGAAAUUCGAAAACAUCUACAAAACAUUCUGUCGAAAUGGCUUCGAUGCAAAGCUGGAGGAGGUGUAUUAUAAACAUUGGUUGCAUACUGAUCAAAUAGUUACAUUGGAAACAGAAGGUGGUGCAAGAGCUAUCAUCAGGGGCAUCACUACGAAUUGGGGAUUACUGCGUGCAGAAGAAUUGGGCUGGGAAGAUAGACCAACAGGAAAGGUUUGGGAGUUGCAAAGUGAUAGUAAUAGCUUUGAUUUCCUGAAGGGAUUGUUGAAACGAAAGGUUUGA